AUGAGUGUCAAGACUGUACUCGACAAACGAAUCGAUCUGGAAAAUGCCCCUGUUGCCUUGGGCGCAAUGAUUCACCGGUCGGGGCGCGGUCAAAGUGGGGACCAACGCGGGAAAAGACCAGGCACAAGACUCAAAACGAGAGGUGUUGCUGAAAGCAAAGGGUUCCUUCUCAAGACAAGUGUAGUGGUUGAGAAGAAGAAACAAUGGACGAGACAAACAGACCUGAGACUUGGGGGAAGCUGGCAGGCGGUGCAGUCUCAGGAAUGGCGAGAAUGA